GUUGAGCAUUGGCCAAGUGUUGAACAGUUCGAACGGAUAGAAGAACAACAAAAAACCCAGACGGAAAACCGGAAACAAAAAAAAAAAACAAGUUGAAAUAACAGCAGUGCAUAUCUGUAUAACAGAGAGCAAAAAAAAGGAAAUAAUUUUUGAAUAAGGAAGGGGAUAUCUUUGUGAAAAAAGGAAAUUCGGGAAAAUAAUUGAAGUUUUUGGUUAAAUAAAAACAAGUGUUUAAAGUUUGAAACUUGAAAAGAAAUUCGAAAUUCUUGUGUAGAACAACGCCCAUAUUUUUUUGUGAAGCAGAAAAGAAAAUCUUGUGUAUACAAAGACCACUGAGUCAGGCAAAGAGUUAGUUUUUGUGGGUGCAUGCACGUUUACAAGGACUUGACACAGAUUCGAAACUGCAUUCGUGCCGAGCAAUCAGAGAUAGAGAUUUAAAAAAAAUUAAAGAAAGUUAUUUAAUUGUGAAAAUCAGAAAAACCCCUUUGGCCAUUAACAAAGACUGAAUAAACGAAUUUAUUCAUCAACAAAAAAACAGAGACAUAACUCAGAACUAAGCAAAUCAUUAUUUGAAUUCAAAUUUUUGUAAUCGAAUUUUAUUGAACCACCACCACCACCACGAUAAAGAGAUUUCCGUGUUAACUUCGAGCCAACACUAAAAUUCAAUUCAUUAAAAAAGUCCGUUCAAUCACCCCAACAACGGAGCCCCUAAACAAAUUUCUUAAUCGCAAGGAUAAGAACAAUCCAUGUCUGUGGCUCAAAUUAUUGGAAAAUAAACUCAAGACCACUCCCCAUCGGUAGCAGACGGCUGGAGACGAGGGGCCGAACACAGCUCUCACCAGACUUGGCAUUUGAAGAAAAACAAACACACAGCCAGACACACACACAACAUCGGCAUCUGAUUUUUAUUGGGUCUUUUGUCCAAUUCGUCAUUUCCUUAGAUACAUAAAUGUUUUACAAACCCAUAUCAAUGGAGUACUUAAUUAAUAUAUUGAAAUUUAAUAUUAAAUAUUUAAAAAAUCAAUAAUAUAAUUGAGAGAGAAAGAGAGAAACCACAAACCGACCAAGUCUGCAAAGCGAAUAAAACAUUCAAUUUCAAAGGAAGGCUCCUACGCAGACAAAGCAAAGGAAAACAAAAUAUUUUAAAGCGAAAGCAAAUAGCAGAGACCAAUUUGAAUGUGUUCUCCUUUUUUUAAACAACAACAAAAAUAAUAUUUAUCACACUGGAAAAUAUGUAAAAUAAAUGUUCAUCCAAUUAAAGUACAUCUACCAAGCAAAGCAGGCAAAUCCUCUUAAAUAGCUGGUCUAACAACCCUCUGGACAAGAAGCAAAAAACCAAAAACAAAACCCCAAAGGCAGCAAACAAAAGAUAAAAUCAAAAGAACAUCAGCAACACAACCAAUACUACAGCUCUUGAGGCCAAACUCUCGACAGAAUAUCUUUAUUAACAACGACGACAGGAACAACAACAACAAGAAAAUCUACAACAAAGCUCUCAAUUUAUUUGCAUUUCCCUAGCGCAUAUUGGCACCUGUAACGGCCAUCAAGAGGGGCUGGCACAACCCCAUUGGCCACAAAAGCCGACAAUAAAGAGCUUAACAUCUCACGCUCCUCUUUCUCGCUAACUCUCAUACCCUCGCUAACAACAACAAAAGUUCUUUUUUUUUUGGCCAGCAGAGAUACUAAACAAACAAACAAAUACUGCCCGUUGACGCCAUUAGGCGCUCUAUAUCUAAACACCCACCAACUGACCAAAAAAACACAAACAAAAUACUAACAGCUUCGAGUCUUUACCGACUUUUGUUCUUUGGUUACAUUUAAGUUCGUUCGCACUUUCCCAAUUUUUUUUCCAUUUGCGGGGAAAUUUUGAAAUGGAAAAAUCUGAACAAUUUUCAGAUUAUCUUUUUGCCAAAAUGGGUCCACCAAAUUCUACCACCGUCAACGGUUCGGAGUUACCGCCCAAAACUACCGAACGCUGUGAAGCUCCGCGCGAGCUAAAAGGCAUGCGCAAAUGGCUGAGUGAGAAUCUGAUGUUGCUGGUGACGCUGUCCGGCGUUAUGCUGGGUGUAAUAUUGGGUUUCUCACUACGCCCUCUGCAGCUGCAUGAGGACUCCAUAAUGCUGAUUUCAUAUCCGGGAGAGUUAUUUAUGCGUGUCUUGAAAUUAAUGAUUUUGCCAUUGGUCAUCUCAAGUCUCAUUGCCGGCUCGGCAAGUCUGAAUGCCCGCAUGAAUGGUAAAAUUGCUUUGAGGACUCUGGUCUACUUUGCCACCACCUCCCUAAUGAAUGCAGCGUUGGGUAUUGCAUUGGUCCUGCUGAUACACCCAGGAGAUCCAGAUUUACACAAUACUAUAGAUCGUUCCACAGAUAAAAGGGCUGUGAAUUUAUUGGAUAGUUUAUUGGAUUUGGGAAGAAACGUCUUUCCCGACAAUCUAUUCCAAGCCUCAUUUCAACAAGCGCACACUGUUUAUCUGCCUAAACCCUCCAUUUCGAAUACAUUCAAUGAAACCUUCAAUGAGACCAGUCUCGUAGACGUGGAUUCCGGCGUAGAUGCGCAACGACAGGAUGCAGAGCCGACAUUGAUACGUGUCAUCCAGUAUCGCAGCGGUACCAACACGCUGGGCAUUGUUUUCUUCUGUUUGGUCUUUGGCACAUUCCUUGGGACGAUCGGUGAGAAGGGCCAAGUGGUGGUGGAUUUCUUUUCGGCCAUUUUUGAGGUGGUCAUGAAAAUGGUCACCUGUGUGAUGUGGCUAACGCCGGUUGGCAUCAGUUCGGUGAUAGCUGGCAAAAUACUAAGCGUUGACGAUCUGCACAUGGUUAUGGCCCAGCUGAUGUGGUUCAUCCUGACGGUGACCAUUGGUGUGGUCCUGUAUCAGUUUGUCAUAAUGCAGGUCAUCUAUUAUGUUGUUGUGCGUCGAAAUCCAUUCAAAUUCUAUGCUGGAUUGAUACAAGCCAUGCUGACCGCAUUUGCGACAGCUUCAACUGCUGCUGCACUUCCUGUGACAUUCCGCUGCAUGAACGACAAGUUGCGUGUGGACCAGCGCAUCACACGUUUUGUCCUACCCAUCGGUUGCAACAUCAACAUGGACGGCACUGCUCUCUUCAUUUCGAUUGCCUCGAUUUUCAUUGCCCAAAUGUCCGGCAUGACAUUAGGUUUCGGUGAAAUUGUCACAGUCCUUUUGACAUCUACCGCCGCUUCGAUGAGUUCGGCGAGUGUUCCCAGUGCUGCUUUGGUCCUGCUUUUGGUUGUCUUGACCGCCAUCGAUGCCCCGGUCCAGGAUGUCACACUGCUGUUCGCUGUCGAUUGGUUUGUGGAUCGGAUUCGCACCACCAACAACAUGCUGGGAGAUUGUUAUACCGCCGCCAUUGUCGAGGAGUUAUCACGCAAAGAAUUAAUGGCCCUGGAUGCAGCUAUUCUCUAUCAGGAAAUUCCCAUCAGCACGCCAAAUGGUCAUGUCAGCUUGGAGGGACAAACUGAAUUGGACAGUACUUGCACCAUGCCGGAUGCCGUUAUCGUCGACAUGAAUGCGGUCAUUAAUAAAGUCCAACAACAACAGCACCAACAUCCACAUCAUCAGAAUGGUCAUGCUAAUCAUAAAAUAUAAAGUGAAGAAUGAAAGAAAGCAGCAAAAAAACAAAGAAAGAAAGGCAAUAACAGCAACAACAACAUAAUUAGCAAAGCAGCAGUGGUAGAAAGCAAGAAUGAAGCAAUGCUAAUAAACCAAAGAACAAUAAUUACCAACAACAACAAAAAAAAAUAUUAGAAAACAACAAAAAUCAACAAAAACAAGAACAUUAACAGCAAUUGUAGUCAAAUAAAAUAUUGUUCACUUCUAGUAGUAAAAACAACAACAACAUACAAACAACAACAACAAUAAUAUAUUAUAAUCCCCUAUCGGCCCCCUUGUAUACCCCUUUUACCUUUUGCCAGUCAGCCAUAUAUCUUUGUCGUCAAUUUAAACCACAAAAAAAAAAAUAUGAAAAACAUGAGACAACUUGAAUCAAAUAAUUUUAACGAUUUUAAAACAUACAUAAUUAUGUAAAAAAAAUAUUUUAACUCAAAAUCUUUUUAAAUCCCCCUCAACAACAAAAAGAAAAAAAUAUUUGUAUUAAAUUAUAACAGAAUGGUGCUACAAAAUUGGGAAAUCAAUGAGGUACUUUUUGAGUGAUUUGUUCAAAAAUGUAUGACAAUUUCAUAGGACACUUUUAAGGAGUAAAAUAUCCAGAGGUUAUGAGGAAUAAUGCCAUUCCGGAAUAGAGAUAGGCAAGAAUAGGCAGAUAUUGUACAAAGCUCGACUAAUAUAUCCAGAAGAAAUAGUCCCUCUCUAUUUCUUCUGGAUAUAUUAGUCGAGCUUUGUCUAUGUUAGGUCGUCACAAGAUCUCAAAAUUUCGCUUAAGAAUUGAUUAACAUGGUGCAUAUCCUAAAACGAUCACUCUCGCGGUAGGAAGUCAUGAAAAAUCGUAGUUUAAAAGUCCAGAUAAAUUCAGAAUAAUUAAAACAAGUAAAAAAGCACUAAGUUCGGCUGGGCCCUCCACCAUUUAGAACGAAUUCGAAAAUUUUCGAAAAUGAUAACAUUCGCAAAAAAUUCUGUUAACAUUUUAAAAAUACCGAAUAUAGCCGAAUAUAGUCUAAAUACGUAAUUUGAAACUGCUACGGUGAAUAAUGUCGCUAAAAUCAUCAAAAUACUGAAUAUCGGGAGGUACCAUUAUAUGGGGGUUAUACGAAGACCUGGACCUGCAUAGACAAUUUCCUGUCUCAGGCUGUAGUAUCCAUUUCGAACUUCAAAUACCAAAUUUGAAACAAUUCGGGUUAAUAAUGACGCUAAAAUUUUCAAAAUACCGAAUAUCGGGAGGUACCGUUACAUAGGGGCUAUAUGAAAACGUGAACCUAUAUGGCCCAUUUACGAACUUAACCUGCCUACUGGUAAAAUAAACAUGUGUGCAAAAUUUUAGCCUUCUAUAUCAAUUCGUUCGAAAGAUAGCGUGGUUACAACAGACAGACAGACGGACAUGGCUAAAUCGUCUUAGAAUUUUACGCUGAUCAAGAAUAUAUAUAUAUACUUUGUUGGGUCUGAAAGUCGUCUAUAAUGGGAUAUUUGCAGGCGAAUAGAAAGAGAUUUUUUUAUUGGCCAAUAAUAUGGAUUCGAUUCCGACGGCCUGGUGAAAAUUCUUAGAAAAAUAUAAAAACGAUUCAAUGCAGAAUAUUUUCAAAGAGUCUUUAGAGAUAAUAAAAUGCUUCUCAUGGAUGUCCCAAGGACCAUCUUUACUGACGAUCUGAGGAGGCUCAAAUUUAUUCCAACCAAAUGGCGCCUUUAUCAGAUUCCAGAAGAACGAAGUAAACACAUCCAAAAGGUAAAUCUGAUCGCUCGGUUACAGACGAGAAACACACAUUUCGAACCUGGCUGCCUGAAAUUCCAUUCAGUUUUUAUCCAUGGAGAAUGAUUAUGGGCGACAAGUAGUGGGAAGAUUUUUAUAAUCGGAGAAGGUUCCUGCGGAUUGGGACACUUUUUUUACUGUAGUCAUAGAAAACAAGAAGGUUUGCCUUUUUGUAUGGCGUGGGGCAAUAGUUAUAGGCUCUUAUGGAAGGUAGUUUUUUUACUCAAUAGGAACGGAUAUUUUAUGUAAAAUUAGAGAGAAUAUAUGUAAUCAAGGAAGACAGACCCUGAACGAUAAUUGCGCCUUUUUAAGAAAUCCGCGGUUACACACCGUGGCCAGAGUCUACACCUUGGUCUGGUCUCCAUUGACCACAUGACUGUGGCAUUAAUAUUUCGUUAUGAACAAUUGGUAGAGUAAUUAUUUUCUAAUGUAAAUUCAUAUAAGAAACAAUAGACUUAAGCUACGAACUUGAUUUUGUCUCUAGACAACCGCAGGAAGAGCCUAAAAAAUAAUAUCUAGAGAACAUUGAAAUGAAAAACUAAAACAUUUAAAUUAGAAAAAAAAUCGGUUUAAAAGAUUAUUAGACACAAUUAUAAAAAGUCAGAGCCUUCUUUUUGAUCUGCACUAUAUUGGAAGAAAUUAUGUUUUGCAAUAAAUUCCCAGUGAAAACAAAAGACUUAAGCAACGAACUUGAUAAUGAUUUAUUGCGACUGUUAUUGCUCAGAUAGUUCUUCACAAAAUAUUCUUCAAAAAUCCUCAAAUAUAGCUCAGAAGGCUUAAAAAUUAAAUAUAUAAAUUUAUAUAAAAAUAUUAAAACAAAGGUUAUAACUUCUGACUUGGGCGCUAUGAGAAAAAAGGUUCUAUUUUUCCAUUAAAAAUAACUAGGAGAGUAAUUAUUUUCUCCAAUAAAUUAACAAAGAAACAAAAAACUUAAGCAACAAACUUGAUAUUGACAGAUUUUUUCAUUCAAUUCUUUUCUACUGGCAUUAGGCUUACUCUACUUGAAGAGGAGCGGAAUUGGAGGUUUUCUAAGUUAAAAUAGUGUUUCAAAAGAAUACACGAUUCUUGCUCAGAUGACCCUUUUUAAAAGUUACAUCAUUAUCGUUUUGAUAGUCCUCCAUAAAAUAUCACAACUACAGCUCGGCCAGUACUUCAUAAAAAAAUGGAAGAUUAUUAAUCAGAUAGUCUUUUUAAAAUAUUCUCAAAAAUCUUCGUUUAUAGCUCGGAAGUCCAUUAGAAAAAUCAUAAAAAUAAUUCAGAUCCAAGUUUCUAUUUUUUUAACAAAUCUUCUAAAAUUCUUAUUUUUUUAGGAAUAUCCACGUUUACAUCGUUUAUAAGUGGUUAAAGUCUGCACAUUGUUCUGGUCUACAUUGAACAAAUAAUCUUAUUUUUCUUUAUGAAAAAUUGGGGAGGCAUUAUUAUUUUCUAUAAUAAAGUCAUAGCAAAAAAAUGAAAUCAUUGUGUUCGAAUGUUGAAAAGAAGGAUACAAAAUUUUAGUUCAGAUCCCCCUUUUCACAAAUUUCACCAUUAUCGAUAAUUCUCUAUAAAAAUCGACGAUUAUAGCUCGGUCAGCUCUUCAUAAAAAAACGUGACAAUCAUUCCUCAAUUCCAGCUUAAAAGUGCUCUAGAAAAAUCAUAAAAAAUAUAUUAAAAAUCCCGAGUAUAGCCUCUGAGGAACUGAAAACAUCUUUUUAAAUCUUCCACGAAUUUAGUUCUUUUGAGGGCCUUUAAUACACAUUCGUUUGAAAAAUCUCUCUUAUAGGCUAGUUAUGUCUGAAGUCUGUUUUUAAAUAGUGAAACUGUAUAGUGACAACCAGAACGUACUCUUUAUGGAUAAGCUAAUAUAUAGUCUUUAUAAGAUCAAAGGAGAUAGCAUAGAAAAUCUGAAAAGAGAUAUUGCAGAAGAUCUGUAGAGAAUUUAUAGACAAGCUGUGAGGGAGCUUGAGGAAGUUCUCCAUAGAAGAUAAGCUGAAGGCAGUCUUCAUAGACGACAAGCUGAAUGCAAUCUUCAUAGAAGACGAGCUGAAGUCUUUCUAGCAGACGAUUUGACGAUUUGAAAAUACGAUUUGAAGGGGAUUCUUUAUAGACGACGAGCGGAAGGAAGUCUUCAAAGAUGACGAGCUUAAAGGGUGUAUUCAAAAACAAUAAGAUAAAGGCAGUCUUCUUAGAUGAUCUACAAAGAGUCUUCAUAGACGAUUUUAAAGGAGUAUCUAAAGAGUAUCUCAAGUAUCUAAAGAGAGUCUGUAAAGACGAGUUGAGAGGUUGUAAGCCGAUUUUUAUGGUUGAGGUGAAUAGAGUCUUUAUGGACAAUAUAGGCAGUUCAUAGACGAUUUAGAAAAGAGUCUUUAUACAUGUGCUGGAAGAGAGUCUGCAAGUAAAUUUGUUAAUGGCAUAAAUGGUUAUUUAUGUUAUUUUUUAACAUUGCAUGACAUUGUAGAUGUUCUUGAUUAAAGAUGACGGCAGUUCUGUUCCUGGUUUGACAUUUAUAAUCGGGCUAGUUGGAAUUUUUAUCGGUUUUUGUAGUUAAUGGGAAAAAAGGGGUUUCAUGGAAAAACUGAAAGUUGUCUAACCUAGGCUAUAGGUUAAAAGAUUUUUUUCCUUUUAUUCGAGCUGAAACAAAAUUGUAACAUUUGACGCUCAUAAAACCCCCAUCAUGUAUUGAAAAGCCGAUGCACUCGAAACAAGUCACUGUUUGGUGGGGAUCUGGAUCUAGAGGUAUAAUUGGACCAUUUUUCUUAAAAAAUUAGCAAGGAGUGGUCGUUCGUUAUCGAUUAAGAUGAAGUUAUUGUAUACGACAAUAGGUCUCCGUUUGAUGUAUUUUUAAUAAGUUGGGGAUUUCUUUAUAGAUUUUUUUUAUGAUGUUUUAGUAAUGACUUAAGAGCCUCAAUAGAGGCUUAAUAUGUAAAAAUGUGAUAUAAACUGCCAAAUGCCAUCACUGGUCUUUCGUGACAACCCCAUAAAUUAUUACAGAUAAUAGAGACAUAGGAGGGAGUUGCUUAGAUAUUGUGCGAAGGGAUGCAGAAUUCGAUUUUGCUGAUCAAAUCCACCAUUAAUGACAUCAAACCUAUAUAAACUGCGGUAGGCAAAAAUUAGGACGAAAUUAUGGGCAGUCUUAAGAUAUUAAUAAAAUAGCAAAAAUAUCAUGAAAAAAUCAUCCUCAUUGAAUACGAAAAAUUAGAACUUAUAACUUUCGAAUUUCCAACCAAAAGCAAAAUGUUGAGAAAAAUAAUAUUUGACUUCUCAAUAUUUUGGGUAUUACAACUAUAAGAAAUUGUAAGCUCCAGUUGUUCUAUGUUCGAUGAGGUUUUUGAAUCGAGAGGAGUUUUUUUAUCUCUCCCCUGAUGUUAGAUACCAAAAUUAGGUGGGGGUUAUGUCGAUUUUAAGUAUUGGGAGCUCUUUUUUCAUGUUUACAAGAAAUGAUUAUUAUUUUAUGGAGCCGUUGCAAAUCGAAAGUUAAUAUUACAAUGCAAAAAUAAUCUACUAAAUAAUAUACCCCAAUUAAGAUGCAAUAUAAAAUUUGUUCAAAACGUAGGAAUAUUUUUGAGCAAAUCACUUAAGAAGUAUCUGCCGUUGUUCUCUUGUAGCACCAUAAAAAUCAGACUGUUUUACGAUGUCCAAAUAAUCAAAAAACAAUAAUGGAACUUUGCAUUCUCAAUAAAAUAAAAGCCCACCAAAGAAAAAUUGAUUUAAUAAAAUUACAAGAAUUUUUUAAAAUCAAUCUGAAUAACAAUUAAAGAAGACUCCUUUUAACAAAAAAUAAAAAAAACACAAACAAAAACAAAAUUAUUCUAAAGUGUUUUAAAAACCAAUAACAACCAAAACAAAAAAAAAAAACUACAAAACCCCGCUCACAUCUUCCCUUUAAAUCAAAUAUAAAUGGCCACUCCCUAUAUAUUAAAAUCUGAAAAAAACAACAACCACAACAAAAGAUCUUAAUGUUAGGCAAAUAUUUUACAACAGUGUAUUACAAUACCAACAACAACAACCAAACAAACAAACCAACAAACUGAAUUUGUGAUGUUAUUAAGUAUUUUUAGUAAAAGCAAAUAGUUUAACAAAAACUAGAUUUUAUAUUUUUUCUUUUCUUUUCUUUUCUAAUUUAAAUUUUAAAUUAGAAUAUUUUUAUUUUGGAUUUGUAUUCUAAUUUUUUUAAGCUUAAGUUAAAUUUUUUACCUUAAAUAUAAAUAACUACCUUAAAUCCUAGAUUUUUAUCAAUUGGUGGCAAUAGAGUUUUUUUUUUAAAUUUUUUUUUUAAAAAUCGUAUUAUUUUAUAUAUAAAAUUGUUUUUAUUAUUUUCUUUUGAUAAGGACCCUUUUGUAAAAAUAUCUGUCUAUAAAUUAUAUUUUUUAACAAAAAAAAAAAAAAAUAUUCACAUUUUUUAAAGUAGACUGAUAGUAAAUUAGUAAUUUAAACCAAAAAAAAAAAAAAAAAAAACAUAUUUGUAUGCAUCAAAAAUAAAAAACAAAUAAAAUAAAUAUUAUUACCUACUAAAUAAUAAUUAAACAAAAAAAUAAAAACAAAUAAAUAUCGUCUGAAUAAAUUAUAAACACUUACUAUGUACUCGAUUAUAGUACCACAAA